GACGCUGCGAGAGGGGAAACCGAGGCUCCGGGCAAGAUGUGGAAAGCUGCGGUGGGCCACAACGUGUCUGCGAAGGUGGAGACCCAAGGAGAUGAUUGGGACACGGACCCAGAUUUUGUGAAUGACAUUUCGGAGAAGGAACAGCGCUGGGGGGCUAAGACAAUCGAAGGAUCUGGCCGUGCCGAGCACAUCAACAUCCACCAGCUAAGAAGCAAGGUUUCUGAGGAACAUGAAGUUCUGAAGAAGAAGGAGCUGGAAGCGGCACCCAAGGCUUCCUAUGGCUACGGGGGCAAGUUUGGAACCGAGAAGGACCGCAUGGACAAGAGUGCCCUGGGCCACGAGUAUGUUGCCGAGGUCAGCGUGCACGCUUCCCAGACGGAUGCAGCCAAGGGUUUCGGUGGAAAGUACGGCAUUCAGAAGGACCGAGCAGAUAAGUCUGCGCUUGGAUUUGACUACAAGGGAGAGGUAGAAAUGCACAUGUCCCAGAAAGACUAUGCCGUUGGGUUUGGUGGGAAGUACGGCGUGCAGAAGGACCGCCAAGACAAGUCUGCCUUGGGUUGGUCCCACAAGGAAGAAGUCAAGCCUCAUGAAUCUCAAACAGACCAUGCCGUUGGGUUUGGUGGGAAGUAUGGCGUGCAGAAGGACCGCCAAGAUAAGUCUGCCCUGGAUUGGUCCCACAAGGAGGAGGUCAAGCCCCACGAAUCUCAAACAGACCAUGCCGUUGGGUUUGGUGGGAAGUACGGUGUGCAGAAGGACCGCCAAGAUAAGUCUGCCCUGGGUUGGUCCCACAAGGAAGAAGUCAAGCCUCAUGAAUCCCAGACAGACCAUGCCGUUGGGUUUGGUGGGAAGUAUGGCGUGCAGAAGGACCGUCAAGACAAGUCUGCCUUGGGAUGGGCCCACCAGGAGGAGGUCAAGCCCCACGAAUCCCAGACAGACCAUGCUGUUGGAUUUGGUGGAAAGUAUGGCGUGCAGAAGGACCGUCAAGACAAGUCUGCCCUGGGUUGGUCCCACAAGGAGGAAGUCAAGCCCCACGAAUCCCAGACAGACCACGCUGUUGGGUUUGGUGGGAAGUAUGGCGUGCAGAAGGACCGUCAAGACAAGUCUGCCCUUGGAUGGGCCCACAAGGAGGAAGUCAAGCCCCACGAAUCCCAGACAGACUAUUCCCAGGGCUUUGGAGGCCGUUAUGGGGUGCAGAGAGACAGAGUGGACAAGAGCGCUGCCGGUUUUGGUGAAAUGGAAGCUCCCCUUUCCUCAUAUCAGAAGACAAAACCUGUAGAGGCUGCUUCUGCUGGGAUGGGUAACUUGAGGCAACGUUUUGAAAACAUGGCCAAGACUGCAGAGGAAGAGAACAAGAAGAGGGCAGAAGAGGACCGAGCCCGUCGCCAGGCCCAGCAACUUCAGGAAGCCCAAGAGAAGUCAAAGGGAAUGAAGAGGAGUGAAGAGCGAGUUCAGAGCCCUCCGUCGGUGCCUGGACAGGCGCACAGAAAGGGCAACCUGCCCCCUCUGCCUCCCGAACACCAGGAAGAAGAAGAAGAAGAGGAUAAUCCUCCAGUUCUUCCUCCACGGGGCCUGGACUUGCAAGGUGGCACCAGAGAACCUCCUCUCCCACCUUCUGGCCAGGACCAGGAGCAGGAACAUCCCAUCUAUACGGAAAGCAUCGAAGAUGGUGGUGACUACGAGGAGGUGAUUGAAAAUCUGGACCGUCCGGAACCUCCUCCCUUCAUUGAUGAUGAAGGAGGGGAUUAUGAGGAAAUGCCGGAUCACAAGGAAGUCUCCAAUGAUGACAGUGCUGAGGUGGACCAGGAGUAUGAGGAGCUCUGCAGUGGUCAUCCUGGAGGAAUGACUUCUUCAGCUGUUGAAGAGCACGUAUAUGAUGUGAGUGAAGGAAGUCUAUCUGCCCUGGCCCUUUAUGACUAUCAAGGAGAGGGGGAUGAUGAGAUUUCCUUUGACCCUGGAGAUACCAUCACAUCCAUCGAACGGGUAGACGAGGGCUGGUGGCGUGGAUCUUGCGGGGGUAGAGUUGGCCUGUUCCCCGCUAACUAUGUGAAGCUCCUUUCGUGAAGAUCUGCCCAAUGGUGGAAGCACCCAUCCCCUGCUUCUCCAGCGCCUUGUCUGUCUUGUUGUGCAACACAACCAGACCACAACCCUCUCCUGAGAUAGGAGAAGUGGAGAAGACCUGCCUUCUCUUGCAUGGAACAGUUGGAUGCGUUUUCCUUCCUAGAGCAAUUGUACAUCUCCAGGAUCUUCCUCCUCUUCUUCUCGUCAUGCGGUGUUCUCUGAACCUGGUUUCUUCAAUCUUUGGAACUGGAUCCCCACAACCUUCACAUGCCCCAUCUUUCUGGGGCUCCCAAUUCCAUCUUGGCUAAACCUCUCAUGGAACAAGAGAAAACCUGUGAGAUCUCCUGUUCUCUUAUCCUCAUCGCUUGCACGCCAGCCACUGGAAAACAGAGGAAGUAUAUUAAACCAUAAGCAACAUGAAAUAUA